UUUUUCAGAGGAAAAUGCAGGGUUUGUCCUUCUCUCUGACGUCAGAUCUCCUUUAACAAAACCCCUCAGGGCUGCGGAGGAGGAAUAUCUGUGGCUCCCGAUGGGCCAGGCUAGUGUGGGCCCAGCUCCCCCGAGAGGCAGCCAGCUCCUCCGCUCUCCCCAGUGGAUGCCUGUGCCACCGACUCCCAGGCAUGCGGUGGUUCCUCUCCUGGGCGCUGGCAGCAGUGACAGCAGCCUCCGCGGGCAGCGUGCUGGCCACGGCUCUCUCUCCAGCCCCCGCAACCAUGGGUGUCACUCCAACGCCACUGGAGGACUCUGCCUCCCACCUCGAAUUCUGCAAGUGGCCGUGUGAGUGCCCGCCAUCGCCACCACUCUGCCCGCUGGGGGUCAGCCUCGUCACAGAUGGCUGUGAAUGCUGCAAGAUAUGUGCCCAGCAGCUGGGGGACAACUGCACAGAGGCUGCCAUCUGCGACCCCCACCGGGGCCUCUACUGCGACUACAGCAGGGACCGCCCGAGGUACGCAAUAGGAGUGUGUGCACAGGUGGUCGGCGUGGGCUGUCUCCUGAACGGAGUGCGCUAUGGCAACGGAGAGUCCUUCCAGCCCAGCUGCAGGUACAACUGCACGUGCAUCGGCGGCGCAGUGGGGUGCACGCCUCUGUGCCUCCGUGCACGCCCUCCUCGUCUCUGGUGCCACCAGCCCCGGCGUGUGAGAGUGCCAGGCCAGUGCUGUGAGCAGUGGGUGUGUGAAGACCACUCCUGGAGACCUGCACAGACCGUGCUGGGUGACACCACAGCCCUGGCUGCUGUAAGUGACAUGGAACCCUGGCACGGGAACUGCUUGCCCUACACCAGCCCCUGGAGCCCCUGCUCCACCAGCUGUGGCCUAGGCAUCUCCACUCGGAUCUCCAACGCCAACACCCAGUGCUGGCCGGAGCAGGAAAGCCGCCUGUGCAACCUGCGGCCUUGUGACGUGGACAUCCGCCCGCACAUCAAGGAAGGCAAGAAGUGUCUGGCUGUGUUCCAGCCACAAGAGCCCAUGAACUUCACUCUGGCGGGCUGCGUCAGUGCCCGCUCCUACCGACCCAAGUACUGUGGCGUCUGCACGGACAACAGGUGCUGCAUCCCCUACAAGUCCAAGACCAUCAGUGUCUCCUUCCAGUGUCCCGAGGGGCCUGGCUUCUCCCGCAAGGUGCUGUGGAUCAACGCUUGCUUCUGCAACCUGACCUGUAGGAAUCCGAAUGAUAUCUUUGCUGACUUGGAGCCCUAUCCUGACAUCUCAGAAAUCGCCAACUAGCCAGGCACGGGAUGUGAGAUCUGGGACCUGGGUGAAUGCUUGUCAGGAAGCCAGCACUCUGAGGCCAAUAAUGUCACACAGUUGAGCCUUCCUUUGUUAGCUCUUACUCAUUUUUAGACACUCCAGUCAGGACCUUCAGCCUCCUUUUCUGUCUACCACCUAGAUGACCCGUGAUUGUGCUGC